CUGCUUGUCAUACCCUCUCUUUGCUCGUAGACCGUCUCUGUCGUUUUGUUCUAUCUGUCUUUACUGGCGAAUUCACUCUGCGGCUCUUUCUCCCGCAUUCAUUACUUCCACGCGUCGCGCUGUUUCGCUGCUCUAUACUUUGGACCCCAAUUCUCUCUCCUUUUCGAGGAAUGACGGCGUCUGCUUCCUCUCACCCAUUGUAGCGUUCUUUAUCAGUUUCCACGUACAGUAUCGGUGCAGACCCGUCUGUAAUUCACUCACUAUUGCCAACAUGCAACCACUCUUUCGCCGAUUUGUACUGCUUUGUGUCAUUGCCGCCCUGGGACUUCUCAGUCUUUACCACAUUGCCGGAUGGGAUUCGAAAUUACAACCGUCCAGGCCAUCCUCAUCGCUGCCGGGACGUAUUAAACACUCCGUAAAAUGGAAAGACGUCCCCGUACGAUACCCUGUGACCUCGACAAUCGCACUCCCUUCCGGAACUCCGUCCGCUAUCCCUAGAAUACAACACGAAUUUGGCAUCGAGACCGAUGGAAAUAAACAAAAGAGAUUAAAGAGAUUAGGAGCCGUCAAACAGGUGUUCCUGCGGUCUUGGAUGGCCUAUAGGGAGCACGCGUGGCUCCAGGACGAGGUCUCGCCGGUUUCUGGAGGGUUCAAAAAUCAGUUUGGAGGACGAGCUGCUACAUUGGUCGAUGCUCUGGAUACGAUGGCAAUAAUGGGCCUGGACAAGGAGUUUGGCCAGGCCCUAGCUGCGUUGAAACAGAUCGAUUUCACUACCACGGAAACAUCCACGGUGAAUGUCUUUGAGACAACCAUACGAUACCUUGGAGGCCUACUCAGCACAUACGACCUAACGGGAGGGAAGCAUUCCAUCCUUCUCAACAAGGCUACAGAGCUGGGCGACAUGUUGUAUGUUGCAUUCGAUACUCCCCAUCGACUACCUAUCACUCGGUGGGAUUGGGAAAACGGAGCUCUGAGUGGAUCUCAGGAAGCACCUGUUUCGGUGUUAAGUGCCGAACUAGGCUCUUUGAGCCUAGAGUUCACCCGCCUAUCGCAGCUCACUGGAGAUGAUAAGUACUAUGAUGCUGUAGCACGGGUCUCCAAUCAGUUUGAAAAGCAUCAGAACUCGACAAGUAUUCCUGGUCUCUGGCCAGUCCGCAUCAAUCUCCUUGCCGAAUCGUUCACCGUCGACCGCACUUUCUCUUUUGGCGGAAUGUCAGACUCUCUUUAUGAAUACUUCCCUAAACAGCACAUGCUCCUCGGUGGCCUUGUCCCGCAAUACCGCAAACUCUAUGUUGGCGCAAUAGAGGCAGCUAAGAGGGUCUUGUUCUUCCGCCCUUUGACUCCAGACAACAGGGAUAUUCUUGUGUCUGGUACCGUCAGAAAGAACGCCGCAGAUCACUUCAAGCUUCAGCCAGAGGCCCAACAUCUAGCCUGUUUUGCUGGAGGCAUGGUAGGCAUUGGUGCUAAGAUUUUCGAUCGUCCUGAAGACCUUGAUGUUGCACGCAGGCUUGUGGAUGGUUGCAUCUGGGCGUAUGAAUCUAUGCCCUCUGGAAUCAUGCCAGAAAGCUCCAGUGUCAUCCCUUGCCACGAUCCCGAAGAUUGUGAAUGGAGUCGACAAAAAUGGUACGAUGGGGUCAUGGAUCAGCGCCCUCUACACUCGUACAGAGAUGAUGUGGAGAAGAUUGUGGAGGAAAACAACCUCGCCCCAGGCUUUACGGACAUUACGGAUAGGAGAUUUCUUCUCCGCCCCGAAGCUAUAGAGUCUGUGUUCAUCAUGUAUCGCAUCACUGGAAACACGACGUUACUAGACAACGCGUGGGAAAUGUUCCAAGCCAUCAUUGCUAGUACUAGCACGGACAUAUCAAACAGCGCAAUCGCCGACGUGACCGACCUUGAGCCAGAGCUCAUUGAUGAAUGUGAGAGUUUCUGGAUGGCCGAGACGCUGAAGUACUUCUAUCUCAUCUUUUCUGAGCCAGAUGUCGUCAGUUUGGACGAAUGGGUCUUCAAUACGGAGGCCCACCCUCUGCGCAGGCCGCAGUGAUUUUAGAUUUGAUUUCUCUGGAGUUUGGUGAAAUGGGACAAAAGUAAACUACAUAAAGGAGGAAAAGGCGCUAUGGAUAUAUCAAAUAGACGGGCCUUUGGUUAUACACUCAAACUCAAUUCAAAAUAAUUCUCGUUGGCUGGAAUAGUGUUGAGGUGCAUGUUUGAUUGUAGGAUCAUGACAAUCACCUACAGCAAUCAAUGCUAGUAGCAAACCUCGCGCUCAUGUACAUACAUAAUGUUCACCUUCUAUCAAUGUUCAGACACUAUGGCCUGAAAUCCAACCCUGAUAGACUCUAGUGAACCCCUGGGUUGUGGUGGAAAUAGAUC